AUGUCUGACGUCUAUCGACCUGGUCUUAUUACCUUAGGUAAUUCAGGUGUUGGUAAGAGCUUUCUGUGUGACAUUCUUGUUGGUAGGGAUGCAUUUUCCCAUCGAUUCAACGCAAUGUCAGUCACACAAGUGACCAAUUCCAUCGAUGCUGCGAUUGGGUCACAUCAAAUUACUGUUUUUGAUAUCCCAGGCUUAAUUGAAGCUGAGCAACAACGUAUUGAAGUCAAUAAGAAGGAAAUUGAUAAAGCGUUCGCUCAACGACCAAACUGUAUCAUCAUCUUUGUAUUUGGUCCGGAGAAUGGGCGCAUUAAAAACAAAGAUGUCGUAGCAUUCAAUGCCAUUAACGAAGCAUACGCAUUUCGACCUGAGUCACUCAUACUCGUUGUGAAUGGAAUUCCUAAGGAUCGACCGGAUGAUUACGAACAAACAACGUUGACUCUUCUUCAAAAGUUACUCAAAGGUGUCAGUGUUAACAAUGGAAAUCUCUAUUUCACGCAAUUUAUUGAAGUAAAUGAUGUGAAUGAACGAAAUAGAUUGAGAAGCCGACUUGUCCCAAUCGUGUCCAACUACGUCCCACAGACGAACGGCAAGAAGCAAGAUAUCCCAACAACGCUCAGCGAGCUGAAGAGUAGAGAAGACGAAGUCAAAAAAGCACAAGCAGCGUUGGAAGCAGAGCGAAAAGAACAUGAACAGCGUUUGGCCGAACAAAGGCGCGUAGCUGCUGCAAACGAAGCUGAAGCAAAAAGGAAAAAAGAAGAAAUGAAGAGAUUAGAGCGGGAACAACAAAGAAUACUUGCCGAGCAACAGCUGGAAAAAGAAAGACAACUUGUUGAACAAAAACGUAUAUUGGAAAUAGAACGCAAGGCCAAAAAGGAAGCAGAAAGACGCGCUGCUCAAGUACGAAGAGAUCAAGAAAUUGCUCAACGGAAAAAGCAGGCAGCAGAACAGGCUCGACUAAAGAAGGAAGCUGAACUUCAGGCACGCAGAAAUCGAGUUGUGCCUUCUUGGCAACAGGAUACCGAUACCGAUAGCGACUGUGUCAUUUCCUGA